CGAAAAGUUAAAAUGCCAAGUUUAAAUAAACAUGGUAUGUUCGUGUGUCUGUGCUUCAAUUGGAUGUUUUUUAAGUUUGAAACGACGAAUAUAAGUAAUGUAAAAAGUAUGUGAAAAAAUGUAGAAAUGAUUGAUUGUGAUAAUGAAGAUAAUUCAAAAGAUGAUGCACUAGAGAUUAUUGUUAAUGAUGAUAAAAUAAAUGUUAAUUGUAAUGAAGUUAGUAAAAACACAUUUAUUAAAAUAGAAAGUUCUGAAAAUUUAUCCACGGAAUGCAAUAAUGAAGAAUGCAUACAGCAGCAUCUAAAUUACAAAUCGGAAAAUAUGAAAAAUAAUGUAAACAGUUAUGAACAUAAAGAAAGUAAUUUAGAUAAAAACGUAGCAAAUAUCCAAAUUUGCAAUGAUUUGUUUUCAAAUGUAAAAUAUCCUGAAUCUCCUAUGCAAAAUCAAAAUGAAUUAGAGUCUUUAAAUAAUUGUAAAAAUUUUAAUCUUUGUAAAAAUAAUAUUUACGAUGGUCAGAUUUCAAAUUCCAUGCAAUCGUUAAUAAAUAAAUCCUGUCUGAAUGAGAAAUCAGAAAAUAGUACUAGUAAUGAAUCAUCCCAAGAGGAAACAAAUAGUGAAACAGCAUUUAGUAUAGAGAGUGAUUGCAUAAUUGAAACAGUCGGCAAUUUUACUAGCAAUGAUUGCUCUGGAAUUCAGAGUGCUUUUGGCAUGGUACAGACAGAAUCGGCCGUGACAAAUACUCUAAAUCAAGUCAGUCGCAGACUCAGUCUAGUUUGCGAAUCUGCAUUUACUGAAGGAUCAUCUGCAGAAUUAUGUGACAAUGGUGAAACUUAUAUAUAUUCUACUUCUCCGCAUUUAAAUCCUGUUACUCUUAAUAAUAGUGUUACGAGUUUAAAUUCGGCUGUGUUAAGUAGGUUACAACAUUCUUUGCCACAUACUAAUUCUGUACCAAAUAACCUUUCACUCUGUCAUGUUGGAAAGAAGAAUUUGUCACCUAUUGUUCCAAAAACACUACCUCCUCCUUUAGAGAAGAAUUUCAGCAGUGUGAAUCUGAGGACUACGUAUCGCUGUGAUUCGGAUAGUGAAAUUAACAGUCUGAAGAAAAUAGGAUUUCUAAAAACUCAAAAAUCUUCAUUAGAUAAUCUUUCAACUUCUAGUCUAAGUAUUCUUCCUCCAAUUUCUACCAAAGAUGCAAGAAAAAAAAGUUAUAUGGUCGGUAGUGUACGUGCAUUCGGUUCGCUUCUGGGUACAGAAGAGUUGUCUCGAUAUUUUCCAGAUAAUAAAAUUAAAAUAUUUAUUGGCACCUGGAAUAUGAAUAGUCAAAGUUCUCCUAAGGAUAUAAAUGAUUUCCUUUUACCUGAGAAAAUUCAUUCUGUGCCAGAUAUAUAUGCAAUAGGUGUCCAGGAAGGAAUGCAAGAUAAAAAGGAGUGGGAAAUUUUAAUGCAGACAUCCAUAGGACCUUCUCAUGUUCUCUUCCAUUCGGCAUCUCUUGGAGUUUUGUAUUUGGCUAUAUUUCUAAGAAGGGAUCUUAUAUGGUUUUGUUCAGUUCCGGAAGAUGCUUCAAUAAACACUCGAGCUGCUUCUAUGGUUAAAACAAAGGGAGCAGUUGCCAUAUGUUUUGUAUUUUUUGGCACUUCAUUUCUUUUCAUCAAUUCUCAUUUAACAGCUCACGAAGAAAAACUCAAAGAAAGACUUGCAGAUUAUAAAAAGAUCUGCAAUGCCAUUGACCUUCCAAAACAGCUACCUUUAAAACCACCGUAUCAUCAUAAAGAAGUUGUAGACAGAUUUGAUUACGUGUUUUGGUGCGGAGAUUUAAACUUUCGACUGAUACAAGACAGAAGUGCAGUCAUGUCUUUCGUGGAAGAAAAAUUACAUCAAUUAACUUUGUCGUACGACAUGCUUCUGCAGUCGGAUCAGUUACAUAAAGCCAUGCAAGAAGGAAUGGCUUUUUCUGGAUUUAAAGAAGGUAAAAUUAAUUUUGGACCAUCUUAUAAAUUUAAUAUUGGUACAGAUUUAUUUGAUGCAAAAUUGAGAGUACCUUCUUACACGGAUAGAGUAUUAUAUAAAUCAAGAAAAUCUGGAGUGGUAGAAUGCCUUAAUUACGACACGGUGCCAUCCAUAAAAACUUCCGACCACAAGCCGGUCUACGCAGUUUUCGAAGUGUCAAUCCGUCCUGGCCGCGACAACAUACCUCUUGCAGCUGGCUUAUUCAACAGAGAUGUCUAUUUGGAAGCUAUGAGAAGAAGAGCUUCUGCUCUAGAUGUGACUGCAGAUUCUAGAAGUAGCAUAGUCUGUUCUAUUAUGUAAUUGUUCAAGAGACAUCCUUCAGUUCAUUUUGAGGGAAAAGUGCCAAUAUACAAGAAAACAAUUUUUAACGAUUUUAUAACAUUUUUACGUUUUAAAUGACAAUAUUUUAAAAUCGGUGUUGAAAAGAAAUCAUAAUUUUUGUGCACAUUCAUGUUAUUUAUUGUCAGCAUAAAACAUGUACAUAAAAUGAAAAAUAUUUAUCUUGUUCAGUUUAAAACAUGUAUAUAUUUUUCAAUCCAAAGUAGUUCACAAAUUGUAAUUUUUUUUCUCCUUUACCGAAAAUUUCUGGUUUUAGUGUUAUUGUCCAUUUUAGAAAAAUUGUUUUUGGCAAUAAAGUUU